UGCUCGGGCACAUUUCACUUCGCUUUAGGAACUAGGAAGUUGCAAACCUGCCCAGCCCUAUAGUGCAUGCAAAUAAUAGCUAGGGUGUCAUUCAAAAGAACAAAUAUCUCGGUGUGAAAGGAAGAAACAACUGCAUACAUUGAUGCUCUGCACUAUUAUUAUUAUUUGAAGCAUUUCAAUUGAGAAUAUGGCUUCUCACGAAGCCACAAAGCGGUAUUCGGGAGAGCGACGAUAAUGGUGGAAACGGUUCUGGACGUCUAGACGACGAGGACGGCAUAGACGAUGAGAUGGGUUUGGAUAAGGAUGGUUCUGACAGUGAGGAUGAAAGUGAAAAGGAUAACCAGUCCACAUCUCCAGUAAAGAAGCCACAUCUAUCCACUGAGGCAAAAUCUGUCCCUGCAUGGAAGAACCCCGAUGACGAAGAUGUGUCUCCACCAGCGAUUCGGUUCCGACCUGCACGGACUCCUGGGGUGCAACUGAAUCCGACAAACACGUACACGCCACUGGAAUUGUUCAAAUUGUACUUCUGUGAAGAUACUGUGGCCACACUGUGUCAGAACACCAAUAAACAAGCUGAUAGGAACAUCCAACAAGGGUGCAAGUACAAAUGGACCACUUUGACAGUAGACGAGUUCUACAAGUACAUCGGACUGAUUUUUUACAUGGCCCUGUUGAAACUGGACCACAUUAAAGAUUACUGGAGGCAAAACAAUAUUUUUUCCAUCGCCUUCCCGGGGACGGUGAUGGCGAGAGACAGGUAUAGGACCAUAUCAUGGAACGUGCACAUGAGCAAUCCGGAUGAGGACCAGGAAAACGACGGUAGACGAGGAACACCGCAGUAUGACCGACUAUUCCGGGUAAAACCGCUCAUGAACAGGAUUCGGGAUGCCUGCAAAACCUUUUACCAUCCAAAGAGAAACCUUUCGGUGGAUGAACGAAUGGUAGCAACUAAAGCAAAAACGGGCAUGACGCAGUACAUGAAGAGAAAACCCACCAAAUGGGGCUUGAAGUUGUUCGUAAUGGCAGACUCGAGCAACGGAUACACGGUGGAUUUUUCCGUGUAUACAGGAAAGGACAGCUCUUACUCAGGACAAGGGAUUUCACAUGACAUUGUGAUGUCAUUCAUGGAUCGUUCCUUCUUGGGUUCCGGGUACCAUGUGUACAUGGACAAUUUUUACACAAGCUCAAAGCUAUUAAUGGAUUUGCAUGCUCACAAAUUUGGCGCUUGCGGGACAUACAGGGAAAACAAGAAAGACAGUAAAGAUUGGCCGAACACUAAGUUAAACUCUCUCGGUAGAACGUCACUCAGGGGAGACUUCAGGUGGAUCAGGGACGGUUCUCUGGUGUUCGUGAAGUGGAUGGACGCUCGAGAAGUCUCGGUUUGCUCUACGAUCCAUGCAGCCUACGCUGGCGAAACGAUUCAACGGAGGGUAAAGACCAUGAAAGGGACAUGGGAGACAAGGACAUUUUCGUGCCCAACUCCUGUCCUCAAGUACAACCAACACAUGGGAGGUGUGGACUUGUCUGACCAACUGAUUCAGUACUACACAGCGCAGCACAAAACAAUGAGAUGGUACAGGAAGCUGUUUUUACACUUCUUGGACAUUGCGGCUACGAACGCGUACAUCUUACACAAAGAGCUCGCGGCGCAGCGGAAGCGUAAAGCCUCGACCCACAAGGCAUUCAUGGAGGAGCUGACCGCACAGCUGUGUGGCAUGUUGCAGAAAAUCCCUUUAAAACGGAGCAGCUGCGAUCACAUACCGGUGCCCGUGGCCAAACUGUCUACAGACGUCAGGCGGGUAGCUUCGCGAGGUCGGAGGAGCUGCGUCCUCUGCCGAUCGCAACGAUCCAAAAAAACGCCAUGGAAGUGCAGGAAGUGCGAUGUUGCCCUUUGCCUGCAGCUGACUAGAAACUGUUUUGAAGAAUGGCACGAGACUGUCAGCUUAACUGUAGUAAAGUGAAAACAUGCUGAGUUUAAUCAAAAAAUAAAUAACCACCUAAUAGAAUUGUAGAUCGUUUUAUCGUGACUUCUAAACUGGCAUUAACUCGUGGGACAUUCAUUUAUUUGACUAUCUGUUCUACUGGGUGGCAAGAGAAUAAGAAUAAUGUAAAAUAUGUUCUUUAGUGAUUUAGUGAUUCCUAUAUGAUCAUUAGAUUAUGUAUGCUUUAAAAAGAAACAUUGUUGGACAGAUGGUUGACGAAAAUAAAACACAACCAAAAGGAUUUCAUUCUUCCAGGCUUUAGGUCUUUUUGAACUUGCAAAAAGUUCACCGGUAGAUCAGAAGUUCUUCUUUUUCCAGAUCAAGAUUUUGGUGAAUUUACAUUUCUAGACAUUGAUCCAGAGCGACUUAUAAUUAUAUCAUAAUGCAUUCAUGCAACUGAGCAGUUGAGCAGAAAUCGUCCGAUUACUGUCCAGAAUGAUUGUGCGUGUGCUCGCUGCAACCUUAGCCUCCUGUUCUUGGCUGAAGACCAUCUGCCUCAGGUUUAGUUGUGGUAGCUCAGUGGUUAAGGUGCUGGGUUACUGUUCGGAAGGUGCUGCCAAUUUUGGAGCCUUAAAAAGGGCCCUUAACCCCCGUGUGCUCCAGGCGCCAUAUGCUGACCAUGCCCUCUGACCCCAGCUUCUGAACAAGACGGGUUAUGGCGAAGAAGAGAAUUUGACUGUGCUGUAAUGUAUAUGUGAUAAAUAAAGGCUAUUCUAUUUUAUUCUUGUGCAUUUUGAGACAUUUUUCUGCUUCCCACAGAGAAGUAUAUAGAGAUAUUAGAGCUUAUCCUUCAUCAAAACCGCUGGGGUCUUGCUGGAUGUACUUUCUGUCCAAAAUACCAACAAAAUAACAACAUUUAAAGCUGUUCGAUGGCAU